AAGGAUAGAACAUUUUAGGAUAUAAUGUCUCCGGCGAUUACUUGUGUAUCUGAGCACUCUGAUUCCAAGGGUAAGAAGCUUGAGGUCGAAGAAAAAGAGGAAGAAGACACGUCCAGCGAUUCUUCGUCCGACUACGAUCUAGAGGAAAUCCAAAACUUUAAGGAAGAACUCAAAAGAAACGGAGGAACAAAACUUGAGGUAGUCAAUGUUGUGAAUGCCAAUCAUCAUCCUGGAACGGGACACACGCUCUAUAUCACGUUUGAGGUCAAAUAUGCUACUCAGCUUCACUCAAAGCUAUGCGAGCUCCUUCCCAGCCCAAUGGGAGAGUCUGCAGUGGACUGUGCACAAACUCUCAACAAUGCCCGCUGUAUUACUCACCAUUGGAGGCAAAGUUUUGAUCUUGCUCCAGAGGAGGCUGUUUGAGAACAUGAUUCACAUUGCCUACUGAUUACUCUAAUAUUAUCUCCUUGUAAUCUCUUGGUGGUGGUAUGGUUGUGAAGGUUGGUGAAGGACCUGCGGCACAGUGAAUCAGUGGCUUUUAUUGCACUCAAUGUAUAUACGGUUGGGGUUGGUUUUAGUAUGAACAAUCUGUGUCUCAACUCUCAAGUGUUGUUUUUAUGUUUUCGGGAGUUAAAAGAAAGACUUUGUAGUUUU